AAGUGUCCUAGCUUUCGCCAAUUAUUCCCUUUUAAUUUGACGUUAGUACCAAUUGGAACUCAAGAUCAUUCUGGAGUCUGCAUACCAUAGUUAUGCCUAGCUGGCGAUUCAUGGUCCCAACAUUUCAUGGCAACAAACGUUUUGUAUUUACGGAACGUGCCUCAAGGUUGCAUACAGAACGAUACGGACGUUUGCAGUGCACUUAGCAGUUACAUGGACCAUGGCUUUGACUCCCCUGAAGCAGAUCGCCACCCGUCACUUCUUGACUCUCUCACCGUCCCUCUGCUCCUUGGUGUGUGGCAAAAGGGUAAACUUCAUGGGGGUGUACCGGCGACCGGGUGAGCCGCGGGAAACCGUCUGGCCCUGGAAGAAGAUAGAGUUCAGCUUUGCCAAGGGUGUUGAUGGUAUAUAUAAACAUUUAGGUUUGCUGAAAGAUGAGAUGUUUCAGCGGUUUGUGGGGCCACAGGGACGGCCAAUCAAGGAGCAUAUGCUGGAACAGACUCAGGUGCAGUGGGAAUUCCGAGGGCCAGAGAGCCUGUCCCAGUGGGUGGUCUCCUCCGAUAGAGAAAUCGGGGGCCGAAGUGAAGCCUACCUGAAACUAGGUAGAAACAACACCACUUGCCUACUGUACGGCACCAUCUGCACUACUCCACCCCGGGAUGGAGAGACACGCUACAGUGGAUACUGCACACUAUGCUCCAAACAGCCAAGGAUGUCCUUUGACAGGAAGAGACACUAUGAUUGGUCAAGCUUCAACAGCCUGCAUUUGCGCAUCCGUGGUGAUGGAAGGCCAUGGAUGAUAAACAUUGGCGCAGAGACCUACUUCUCUCACCAAAGUGAUGACCUGUACAACUACGUCCUGUACACAAGGGGUGGGCCUUACUGGGAAGACGUCAAGAUUCCCUUUUCAAAGUUUUUUCUCUCCAGUCGUGGAAGGGUACAAGAUGAGCAGCACCAGCUCUGGCUCGACAAGGUAAAUACAAUUGGGUUCACCACUGGCAACGAGGCUGACGGACCAUUCCAGCUGGAGAUCGACUUCAUCGGCCUGUGCAAUGACCGCGCACACACGGAAGAGUUUGCUUACGAGAUGUACAAAAGGAACCCUUAAGUUUGAGACUCUGCAAACAAUGGAGUUCAAUAGAUGGACAAAGUAUAUAAAACUAUACUUCAGCGGUAUAGUUGCAGGCAGUUAUUUUCAUGGUGGUUCCACUAUAGAAGAGUGACUUUCAUGUUUUGUGAAUCAAUUAACACGGCAAAGUUGAUGAAUGUCAGAUAAUUGGUGCCUUUAAUCUGCUAAUGUAAAAAAAAAAAACUAAAACUGAAAUAACUACUUAGCAAUCACUGAAAACACAACUUUAAAUACAGAAUUAGAUGUGUCAUUUCAAUUACUCAAAAUUCAAACUACUUACAUUUUUUUUUUUUU